UUUUCCUUUUUGUCAACUUAUUAAACCAGAAGGGCGAUUCGUCCAUGCAUGGAAGAUUUCAAGUGCCCUCGAUAUUGGCAUUCUUUAUAUAUCAAUUGUGGCGGAGAUGACAUUGAAGAAAGAGACAUUGCAUAUAAAGGAGAUGCAGCUGCUGACGGUGGUGCUGCGAGAUUCUUUUCAAGUGGCAACGAUAACUGGGGACUAAGUAGCACUGGAGACUUCAUGGAUGACAAUGAUUUCCAAAACACUGAUUACAUUGCAACCAUGUCAUCACCAAACAUCUCUGCAUUGUACAAGAUAAAAUUCACAAAUGACAAAACGUAUAACAGUCUUGGGAGGCACUUAUUUGAUAUAUACAUUCAGGACAUAUUAGUGGAGAAGGAUUUCAAUAUAGUAGCUGAAGCCGCUGGGGUUGUUACACCAGUCAUUAAAAAGUUUAAUGCCAGUGUUACAGAAAAUAUUUUGGAAAUCCGCUUCUAUUGGGCUGGGAAAGGGACAACGCGAAUACCUGCAAUUGGAGUUUAUGGUCCCCUGAUAUUAGCUAUUUCUGUUAACCCCAACUUCAUACCUUGUUCAGAAGGGGGGAAGGCGAAGAUUGCACUAAUUAUUUUAGGAGUUGUAGUAGUAUGCCUCAUAUUCUUGGCAUUGGGUAUCGUUUUGUGGAGACGCUAUUUCAAAGCAAAGACUGGGAAAGAGAAAGAUUUUAAAGGACUAGAGCUCCAAACAGCUUCUUUUAGUUUGAAGCAAAUUAAUGUUGCCACCAAUAACUUUUAUCCUGCAAACAAGAUUGGAGAAGGUGGAUUUGGUCCUGUUUACAAGGGCCAGUUAUCCAAUGGUACUGUAAUUGCUGUACAGCAACUCUCAUCUAAAUCAAGUCAGGGAAAUUGCGAAUUUCUGAAUGAGAUUGGCAUGAUUUCAUGUUUGCAACACCCAAAUCUAGUGAAACUUUAUGGCUGUUGUAUUGAAGGCAAUCAAAUGUUGCUCGUAUAUGAAUAUAUGGAAAAUAACAGCCUUUCAAGAGCCUUGUUUGGCUCUAAAAACCAUCAGUUGAAAUUGGACUGGCCAACAAGGCAGAAGAUUUGUAUUGGAAUUGCAAAAGGCAUAGCUUUUCUCCAUGAUGAAUCGAGACUCAAGAUCAUUCACAGAGACAUAAAAGUUACCAAUGUUCUGCUUGAUAGGGACUUAAACCCUAAAAUUUCUUACUUUGGGUUGGCUAGGCUUGAGGAAGGUGAGAAAACCCACAUCAGCACCCGAGUAGCUGGAACGAUAGGAUAUAUGGGCACCUGAUAUGCUCUUUGGGGUUAUUUGACCUACAAAGCUGAUGUUUACAGUUUUGGAAUUGUGGCAUUGGAAAUUUGUUAGUUCUUGUGUUGGCUUAAUUCAGUUCCAAAAUGC